AAUAAUUAGAAAAAUAAAAAGGGAGGAGAUGAGAAGAAAAUAGCGCAGUGUGUCGAGAAACAACAAAAAAGUCGGUCCCCAAUCUUAAUUUCUUCAUUCAUCUUGUCUUCUCAUAUCACUUUUUUUCUGAGAUUGAUUUAUAUAUUCGAUCGAAAUCGCUUCUUAAUUCUGAUUCCGAUUCUCAAUUCUUCUUCUUCUUAUUCUAUUUUGACAGUUAAGGUUGAAAGUAAAGGGUUUGACUUCAUCUGAGGCGGAGAGACAUGGCUAACAAUGCAGCUGCCUGUGCUGAGAGAGCAACCAGUGACAUGCUCAUUGGUCCAGAUUGGGCAAUCAAUAUAGAAUUGUGUGAUAUCAUUAAUAUGGAUCCUAGGCAAGCAAAGGAUGCAUUAAAGAUACUUAAGAAGCGUCUGGGCAGUAAAAAUCCCAAAAUACAGCUGCUGGCUCUUUUUGUACUUGAGACCCUUAGUAAAAAUUGCGGUGAAAGUGUAUUUCAGCAGAUCAUUGAGCGUGAUAUAUUGCAUGAAAUGGUUAAGAUAGUAAAGAAGAAGCCGGACUUAAGUGUGAGAGAAAAGAUACUGAUUUUAAUUGACGCAUGGCAAGAGGCUUUUGGAGGUCCAACAGGAGUUUUUCCCCAAUACUAUGCAGCAUAUAAUGAACUAAAGGCUGCUGGAGUUGAAUUUCCACCAAGAGAAGAAAAUAGCGUGCCAUUCUUCACGCCUCCUCAAACUCAGCCGAUUGUUCAUUCUGCCGCAGAAUUUGAUGAUGCUGCUAUUCAGGCUUCUCUUCAGUCGGAUGCGUCUGACCUUAGUUUACUAGAGAUUAAAAAUGCUCAAGGACUAGCUGAUGUUUUGACGGAAAUGCUUAGUGCCUUGAAUCCGAAAGAUCCCGAGGGCGUGAAGGAGGAAGUGAUUGUUGAUCUUGUUGACCAGUGCCGUUCUUACCAGAAACGUGUCAUGCUUCUUGUGAACAAUACUACGGAUGAGGAGCUUUUAGGUCAGGGAUUGGCACUGAAUGACAGCCUUCAGCGAGUACUCCGACAACAUGAUGAUAUUGCGAAAGGAACUUCUAAUUCAGUUGCAAGAGAAGUAGAAACUCCAGUUCUGCCACUUGUAAAUGUAAACCAUGAAGAUGAUGAGUCAGAUGAUGAUUUUGGUCAAUUGGCCCAUAGGUCAUCACGAGAUACUCAUGUACAGAAUCGGAAACCAGCCUAUGACAAGGCAGAACCAGCAAGGAUAAACUCACUUAUUCCCCCACCACCAGCAUCAAAGAAGCCGGUCUACUCUGGCACUGGCAUGGUUGACUAUCUUAGUGGAGAUGCAUACAAGGCAGAAGGAUCCUUUGAAAACUCAGAACCAACUUCAUUUGCAGCUCCUCUUCAUUCUAGCUCUAAUCCUGCCUCAUCAACUAUUCCAACAGAGUCUUCACCCCAUCCUAAUGCCACUAGUACCUCUUCACCAAUUUUUAGCAGACAGCCUAUAUACGAUGACCCAUCUCCCCCUAAGUCAUCAGAACAGCUGCCUCCAGCUCCCUGGGAUACACAAGCUCCUGUCGUCAUUCCACCCCCACCUUCAAAGUAUAAUCAGAGACAACAGUUUUUUGAGCAAAAAGGUUCAUCUCAUUCAAGUAAUGGAUCAAGUUCAUCUCAUGAAAGCUUGGUGGGACAAACUCAAAACCUCUCUCUGAAUUCUUCAUCCACCCCAACCAAAGAACAGAAGCCAGAAGAUGCCCUUUUCAAAGAUCUAGUUGAUUUUGCAAAAUCGAAAACCUCUUCAUCUUCCAAACCCAAUAAUAGGUCGUAUUGAGAUAUCUUGUUUGUAUUGCUUAUGAUGGUGCAGUAUAUGAAUGUUCAUCUGGUUUUAGCUUGAGGCGUCCAUUUUAUGGUUGUGUUUAGAAACCUUCGGGCAUGCCCAUGUGUGUACUUGGUUCAAUUAAUGCACUGUUAGAUAUAUUGCAUAUAUCCAUAUAUGUAUAUGGUUCAUAUUAUUUUGUUGACUCGUGUUUUCAAUAAUAUCAGAUAUCUUUUUAAGAGUCA